GAGACCCAGAGAAGGACAGAGACUGGGAGCGAGACAGAGGCGGGGUGGGGGGUGGGGGGUGAACAUAUGACUCAGUAACUUUGGAGCCGCCGUGUUUUCUCCCCUGCGAACCCGGGAGCCUCCCAGGCCCGCUCGGCAUGUAUUCGUCCCCGCUGUGCCUGACCCAGGAUGAGUUCCAUCCAUUUAUUGAGGCCUUGCUGCCACAUGUCCGAGCAUUUGCCUACACCUGGUUCAACCUACAAGCUCGGAAACGCAAGUACUUCAAGAAGCAUGAGAAGCGCAUGACGAAGGACGAGGAGCGGGCAGUGAAAGAUGAGCUGCUCGGGGAGAAGCCUGAGGUCAAGCAGAAGUGGGCCUCCCGUCUCCUGGCCAAGCUGCGCAAGGACAUCCGGCCAGAGUGCCGAGAGGACUUCGUCCUAGCCAUCACAGGCAAGAAGCCUCCAGGAUGCGUCCUCUCGAACCCCGACCAGAAAGGCAAGAUGAGGAGAAUCGACUGCCUGCGCCAGGCAGACAAGGUGUGGCGGCUUGACCUCGUCAUGGUCAUCCUCUUCAAGGGCAUCCCCCUGGAGAGCACCGAUGGGGAGCGGCUGGUCAAAGCCGCCCAGUGUGGCCACCCCGUGCUUUGUGUCCAGCCCCAUCACAUCAGUGUCUCAGUGAAGGAGCUCGACCUAUACCUGGCCUAUUUCAUCAGAGAGAGAGACUCAGAGCAGAGCAGCAGCCCCCGGGCAGGAAUGGGCUCUGACCAAGAAGACAGUAAGCCCAUCACACUGGACACCACAGACUUCCAGGAAAGCUUUGUUACAUCUGGGGUCUUCAGUGUCACGGAGCUCAUCCAAGUCUCCCGGACACCUGUGGUGACAGGCACGGGACCGAACUUCUCCCUGGGCGAGUUACAAGGGCACCUGGCCUAUGACCUGAAUCCUGCCAGCACGGGCAUGAGAAGAACACUGCCCAGCACCUCCUCCAGUGGGAGCAAACGACACAAAUCAGGCUCCCUGGAGGAAGACGUGGACACGAGCCCCGGCGGAGAUUACUACACGUCACCCAACUCCCCGACGAGUAGCAGCCGCAACUGGACGGAGGACAUGGAAGGGGGAAUCUCACCCACAGUGAAGAAGACCGAGAUGGACAAGUCCCCCUUCAAUAGCCCAUCGCCUCAGGACUCACCCCGCCUCUCCAGCUACACCCAACAUCACCGGCCUGUCAUCGCUGUGCACAGUGGUAUCGCCCGGAGCCCUCACCCCUCCUCCACGCUGCAUUUCCCAACCACCUCCAUUAUACCCCAGACGGCCUCCACCUACUUUCCCCACACUGCCAUCCGAUACCCGCCUCAUCUCAACCCCCAGGACCCCCUCAAAGAUCUCGUCUCCUUGGCCUGUGACCCAUCCAAUCAGCAGCCAGGACCGUUAAAUGGAAGUGGUCAAGUCAAAAUGCCCAGUCACUACCUUUCCACCCAGAUGCUGGCACCACCACCGCCCCCAGGCAUGCCCCGGCUGGCUAUCUCCCCUGACACCAAAUCUACCACCACAACUUCCGAGGGAGGAACCACAUCGCCGACUUCACCCACCUACUCUGCGCCCAGCACGCCCCCUGCAAACCGUCCCUUUGUGGGAUUAGGACCAAGGGAUCCAGGGGGGAUUUAUCAGGCACAGGGCAUCCACCUAGCAUGCUGGGGGCCGUCUUUUCAAUCUCCUCGCCUUUCAGGGACACCAGUGGAGCGUGCAGGCAAUCAGGUCUCCUUUCAGAGGCUGUGCAGAGUUCCAGAGUUUGAUGCCAUCAGCAAACAGCAGAAUCUAGAGGGCCUCCAAAUCAAUGGGGAACCCUUCUCCAGUAUGGACUCUGUGCUGGACAUCUUCCAUGAUGAUAGUUCAACACGUUUGGCAAGCAUAUGUAUUUCUUGUUUUAUCCCUCGCUUGAUAUUAAUAAUCAGAGGGUCACUCAGUAAAGCUAUCUCUGCUGAGGUGGCCAUGUGAUAUAGUGGGUGGUCUUGAAGUUAGAAAGACUUGAGUUCACAUUCCACCUUGGACACUUACGAGCCAUUUAACACUGGGCAAGUCACUUAAUUUAGCCUUAGUUUCCUUAUCUGUAAAAUUAGAGUAAUAAUAGCACCUACUUCACAGAAUUCUUGUGGGGAUAAACUGAGAUAGCAUAUGUAUGGCAGUUUGCAUAUCUUGAAGCAUCAUAUAAAUGCUAGUAACUGUUAUUGUUACAUUUUUGAAGGCUAUGAUUUUUGAUAAAUGCAUGGGAGACACUUUGUUGGAGGAGAGCCUUAAAGGCAACAUUUUGCUGUAUCAGAUCAAAUGUUGUUUUAUAGUCAACAAACAAU